AUUUAUUUAUGAUAAUAUCCACGGGGAUUCCUCCCAUUUAAAUUGUGAAUUUUAUCUUACAAUUAGUUACAGUAGUUAGCUUAUACCUUGUAAGUUGCAAUUCAUACAAUAUUACAUAAUAAAUUUUAUAAUUAUCUUCUAAUUAGUAGAUGGCGGAUAUAUACAUUUUAUUUUCUCAUUAAAAUAAAUUCUGAAAUAAUGAAAUAAUUAUAAUUUUAAAGCGAAUUAAGUAAAGUUAAAAUUAGAAAGUAAAAUGCGCGGAAAAAUUUUGCACUAUUUCUCAUUCGUUUUAUCUUUUUAUUAACAAGUGUACCAUGAACAUUAGUUCUACCUAUAAAUGUUUAAUGUAAUAAAACUCAAAUAAAAUUAAUUUUGAAAUGAAAAGCGGGUACAUAAUCGACUUGAUCUAAUUAACAAGUGCGAAAUCCGUAACUAUAUAAAACAAAAACAUUAAUUAGAUUUAUUCGUCUUUUUGUUUUCCUAUUUUUUUUUUUUUUAUUUUUCAAUUGAAAAUGCGGUGUUGCAGGUUUAUUUUGUUUUCGAUAAAUUGAGGAAACGACUCGUUCUUGUUCGAUGACACAAUCAACCUAUGCAAUAGAACUUGCUGGUACUACAAAAAGUGAAAGCCAGCGUGAUUUACAAUCGACGAACGAGAGAAAUCGAAAAGUUCGAUCCACCGAUACGUUCUUCACAGAAGAAGAAAGAAAAAUUGCAGGAUGUCUUCUUCAGUGUGUUUAUCGAAAAAUGAAAGCAGUAAACGAAUUUGGAUUUCCCAGGCCAGAUGGACUUGUUACGUUAUACACAGAAGGUGUUACAGAUCCUGAAUACAUAAAAGGGACAUUUCGAGCGGUGAAUAGCUGCCUAGCAAACGCAAAAAAGACAUAUGCAACUACUUUGGAAAGUGUUAAAGACGAUGGAACAACCUGCGAUGUCGCGUUCUACACCUUCGAUUGCAUUUCUGAUUUAAUAGACGAAUAUUGCAAGCAAAAUCCGUAGCAGCUUAAUCUGUCUUUUUUAUUAUUAGCUAUUACAUUUUAGUACAAGUUUUAAUUCUACACACUUACGUACCUUUGUAAUUAUGUAUUGUAAAUAAUAAUAAAAAAUUGUUAUUAAAA